GAAAACUUUACAAGACAAGAGAACAGAUGGGAAGACCAUCAUACAGAAAGGGAGUCCUGGGCUAAAAUCACUGGGACAUUCGACUCCCAUAAUCUUGGGUGUGUAUGUUCCGAGCAGCAGCUCAAGAAAAUUUGGGUGCAUUUGAAAGUAAAGACAAAACAUGAAGAUGCUGUGGUGAAGCAAGAACUCAAGUGGACCAUUGAUGGGUCCCCUCCUGCAGGUGUCUCCCAAGAGUCAGACCAGGUGCUGGCAAUCCUUGGGUCUGACAUUGAGGAUACAAGAAAGCCCUAUCACCUAGAUGCCAUGCCAACUAGUGCCAAGUCACACCAACAUGGUAUGCUCAUCCGAAUUACCAAGUUUCUCUUUGGGAUUGGUGAUUCCAACUCCAUGGUCUAUGAGGUGGUGGCCAUGGUUGAGGAGAGAGUGGUAUUCAAGAAGAGUGUAACACUGGGACCAAGGACUUCAACACCAGCCAGAAAAAGGCCCAGAAGAAAUAGGUUGCAUGACAGUGAUCUGUAUGUAGAAGCACCAGAGGCAAGAAAUUUUACAAAAGAAAAGUUAGUGGCACAAACAAGAACGAUGAAAAAAAGAGUACCUUUUAGAUUUACAAAUAGAUGGCAUGGAGCUUAGAAAGAAGGAAGCCAAAUUGUUAUUAAAGCUAUCUAUGAAAAUACUAGAGAAUGAGAAUAGGAUUUGCUGGUGCAAAAAAUAAUGUAAUGCUGCAUUUUUUUUUUUUUUUUUUUUUUUUUGUUACAUGCAUUUUUUUUUUUUUUUUACCAGGACAUUAUUUAGUACUGUAAUGCAAAGAAUCAAUGCUUUAUUCCUUUCCUUCCAUAAAGGCACAAAUCAUUCACAUUAUUAAGGGCGUGGGAAAUUCUAGACCUGUCUACAGGGUGUGGUAGGAAAAGGUUAAGCAAGGCUGCUCUACAGCAUGGAGGAUCCCUGAUUAUUUGCUGCUGUUUGUGUCUUCCCUGUUAAUUAUUUUUUACCUGUUCAGCCAUUCUGUUAGGAACAUCAUUUUGGCUGACAUCUUCUAGAUCAUAAUGUAAAACCAAUUUACUUUUUACUCCAAUGUUAUGCAUCACAAUACAUGCAACAAUGAUGGCUUUA